AUGCGCAUCCGCGGGGAAGCGCUGAGCCGAGGCACCCGGGCAGAAGAAGCCACGAGAGGAGUACUCCGACAAAGAGCAACUCCCGGCCCGGGGCACGGCCCUGUCCCCCCCCCGGCCGGUGGGGGUUAUCCCGGCCACAUGGCGACCGCUCGUGCCGUGACGGGAGCCCCCGCUGCGGUAACGUGCUGGACGCCUAUACUGGCAAAGCCUGCAUACAGCACAGCCAGCCAGCAGAUGUGGGAGCUGAUAAGGUGGAAGCCAUCCGCCUUCAAGAGGAAGGGUGUGGAGCAGAGCAACGGCUGUGUGGAGGACGGCCAGCCGGCAGAUGUGGACACUGCCACGGUGGGGAAGGUACACUCACCUGAGGAGGCAAUCAGGCAGAGAUAA